GGAGUGGUGAUAACCAUGUUUUUAAAUUAUUUAACCAGUUACAAACAGGACAGGACAGGACAAGCAUCAUGCGAAAUUAAAAUGGUUUUCGGAGGAUCAAAAACCAGCAGACCAACCACUACGAGGCAAGUGUAUAUAACUCCAUCUAACGGUGGAAAUGGGUAUUUAUCCUCAGCAGGCAGAGCAGAGGCAGGCUUCAGUAUUUGUGGAUUUUGCAGGGUUUGUACCUGUUUACACUCUGGGUUUCUGAAGACUCCAACAGGAGCUGUUAAGCUUCUUGAAUUUCUGUUUGGUCUGGUUUGUCAGUUUCUAAUGUUCCAAUACGGGAUGAAGUAUGGACCAGAUCUUGGUCCCAGUUAUUCUAUAUUCUUGACAACAACCUCUGCCAGUUUGUUGACCACGUGUGUUCUUAUAUUCUGCUAUGCCACGUCAGAAACUACAUAUCUCAGGGUUCGGCCAUCUUUGUUUGAGGUAGCAUUUUCGUAUGUUUCCUGUGGACUGUACAUAGGAGCCAGUACAUACCUUGCUACAUCUGUUCACAAUAACCUUUUCUACUUUUACAAAACUAUUCCCGGAUUUUCAGCUUAUCCCGCCAUGACAGCAGUUUAUGUUUUGGGGUAUAUUGUUGGGAUUAUCCACGGCGUGGAUGGAUCGAUGGCGCUCAAGUUUAUGCGUGCAACAAGAUGAUUAAUUGAUUAGUUAGUUGAUUAGUCAAUUGUAGAAUUUGGAUGGAACAAUUCGAUUAUUGAACCUAUCAAUUAUUAUUCUCCAUCUGAGUUUUUGAUCAAUCAUAAAUUCUAAUCGAUUUUUGAACUAAUUCAAUUUUAAUUGAAUCGAUUUAACUAAUUGAUUUAUUUUAUAUUACUCUCUUGGUGAUGAUGUAAUCAAUCAUUAAUUUUUGAACAUAUUUAAUUUAAAUUGAUUAGUUUCGAACGAAUUGAUUAUAAUUAAGAUUGAUCAGCUUAUUGUCAAAGUAAAAGAAUCUCUUCUGGUCCUGACUCCUGAGUAAAGUUGAGCUUAGUGAACUUUAUAAUAGUAAUUUUUUUAUUUUGACUAGUUUUAGCUUUAAUUACAAACAACUUUAUGGAAAAAGUUACUCAAUUGUAAAAAAGUUUUAUUUUUUUCAGUGAUUUUACGUAAAACAUUUUUUAUCUUUUUAAU